CACCUGUAUUUCUGUACAGUUAGAUUGCUUCUGAAUAUUUUUCAUGUAUAUGUUGUUCACUGUUUUCCAUUUGUCCGACAGAAGCAAGAAAGCCUGCACAUAGUAGUCUAUUAUAUUACAAGCAUUUUUGACAACUCAAAAUUCUAGAGCAUGGAGAUUGCACAUUGCUCAUUCUUGUAUUGGUGUAGCAUAUUGUUAUGAUUUUUCUGCCAGAUUAAAUGUAUCCAUAAAAAUAUCUUUUUCCUUACUUCAUUCCAGCUUCCAGCCUUCAUAAAUCCUGACAAUAUACAGACUUCUCGUGGAUGUUCCUGACUCCAUAUUAGAGAAAUAGGAUGGGAGGUGAUGGAGCUGUUGCUUACUCCAAAUUCUUCCAUUGAAAACAUCCAAAGAGGACAUCAAACAUCAUCACCUCCCAUCAUAACAUCUUGAGGGGCCUUCUGAUUCUGCACAGCAUCUACCGAUGGCGUACAAGAUGAAAGGGGUUUUCAAGGGCCUCAAGGUCAUCUCUCAGAUCUUCGUGGUUAAGGAGCACCAAAUGGAGAUCGGCUAUCCAACUGACGUGAAGCAUGUUGCGCACAUAGGUUGGGAUAGCCCGACUGGGAGUGCUGCUGCUUCUCCUAGCUGGAUGAAUGACAUGAAGGGGUCGGCUGACUUUUCGUCUUUGAACAAUUUUGGGCCAUCUACAGGAUCGUCCUGGACUUCUCAAGAUUUCGAUCAGCCUCAAGAUAUAUCACCCUUCGGCAUAUAUGUUGAGAAUGCUGGCAAGGAAACAAACCUGCAUCCUGACAUACCAAAGCCGCCCAGGAAGAGCAGAAGGAAGAAGUCCAAGAACAAUUCACCAACGGCUUCCGCGAGAUCAUCAAGGUCAAAGUCCAAAAGCUCGUUUUCAUCAGCUGCUGACACUGUUGGCAACAGCAGCAUGCAAACUGAAGCCCGUACUGUAUAGACUGCCAUUGUACUACCAUUCAUUUCAUAUUCUUAUUUUUUUUAAUAGGAAUACACACGAAUGUUUUAAGUGAUAGUUAAUAUCAAGUUGAUUUGAAAGAUGAUG